AUGAUGAUCGUCGUCAUCGACUACUUCACUAAAUGGAUCGAAGCCGAAGCUCUAUCCUCUACUAAAGAAGCCAAUUCACUGGUUACCGACAAUGGCUCACUGUUCAUUGGCAAGCAGAUCACUGCCUUAUUUGCAAAAUACAAGAUCAAGCAACACCUGUCUACCCCGAGCUAUCCACAAGGAAAUGGACAAGCCGAGGCAUCCAACAAAGUCAUAUUGGAUUGCUUGAAGAAAAGGCUAGAGGGCACCGAAGGGAAAUGGGUGGAUGAACUCCCCGGAGUACUAUGGGCUUAUUGCACCACUAAACAAAGAUCGACUGGCGAAAUCCCAUUCUCACUCACAUAUGGGACUGAAGCGAUCAUCCCUCCUCACAUCAUUGUCCCCUACAUAAGCCUUGAGUUGGGCAGUGUUGAUCAGAACUCUGAGCAGAUGAGGCUCAACCAUGACUUACUUGAGGGCAAGCGCGAGAAGACCAUUAUCCGAGUCGCCUCCUAUCAGCAGCAGUUGAAACCAAGAUCAGACAGUUUCAACCAGGAGGCCUUAUACAAAGAAAUUCCUUCAUCACUGUAUAAAGAUAGGGGUCCAAAAAGAUGA